AUGGUUUCGUGGUCUAGUUGGUUAUGGCAUCUGCUUAACACGCAGAACGUCCCCAGUUCGAUCCUGGGCGAAAUCAUUUUUUUAUAUUUGUAUAUACUUAAUUUCUAUUGUUUUAUUUUCAAUCUUUUAUGUUAUAUUGAUUAUAAUGGUUAUUUGGUUACUAAACAACUUAUUUGUAUUUUAUAA